UGCGGUGUUCCCGACAUCAAGCCCAUUAUCUCCAACUAUGCCAGGAUUAUUAAUGGUGAGACCGCCGUCUCUGGGUCUUGGCCUUGGCAGGUGUCUGUGCAGGACAGCACUGGAAGGCACAUCUGUGGCGGCUCCCUGAUCAACACUAACUGGGUUGUCACUGCUGCUCACUGCCCAGCCACGACUUCCCACCGUGUGGUCCUGGGCGCGUUUGACCUCUCCUCCACGACUGAGAACACCCAGACUAAGGAUAUCGGAAAAGUCUUCAAAUACCCCCUGUACAACACCCAGACCGGCGUCGAUGACAUCUCCCUGAUCAGGCUAUCCAGUCCCGCCUCCCUUACUGACCGCAUUUCCCCCGUUUGCCUUCCUUCAAGCUGUGAUGUCUUCAAUGGAGGAGAAAAGUGCGUCAUCACCGCAUGGGAAUACAUGGCCUGUAAGGCACCAACCACUCCAUCUAAGCUCCAGCAGGCAGUUGUUCCUCUUCUGUCCAACAUUGAUUGCCAGGGUGUAAUAUUAAUUUUUUAA